GAGGCAGUUCUCCUGCAAAUUAGUGAUUUUUCUCCAUCAAGAUCAAAUUCAGAAUGAAUAUCCACCAUGUUCUGUCCUUCUGCUUCUUCUCAGCACUGUGUGGUGGAAACACUCGGCUCGUCAGCGCAAAAGUCAACAUUUUCACAGGAGCUGAAGGAGGAACUGGUUCAAUUGAUUGCUACUUCUCUUCAUAUGGAGGCAGAAAGUUCUUCUGUAAGAACGAAUGUAAAGCAGAAGAUAUUCUUAUUAAAACAGAUGAUGUCAGAGCUCAGAGUGGCAGAUUCAGCACUGAAUACAGAAACAGAUCUUCAGGAGGAGGAUUUCUGACUGUGACCAUCACACAUCUGACCAAGUCUGACGCAGGACGGUACAGGUGUGGUUUGGGCAAAACUUUGGUUCCAGAGUCAUACACUGACUUUGAGGUCAGAGUUUCAGAUGGACCACUGUUGGCUGGGCAAUCAGGUUUCUUCCAUACAGAAACUGAAGGAGAAGAACUCACUUGGGGAUGCAGCAAUACCGUCUACGGAAAGCAGAAGUUCUUCUGUAAGAACAAAUGUAAAAAACAAGAAGACAUUCUCAUCGAAACAGAAGGCAACCAAGCUCAGAGUGGCAGAUACAGCAUUACAUAUGUAAAAGGAUCUGUAUUUGGACUGCAUAUGACCAUCAAACAUUUGACCAAGUCAGAUACAGGAUGGUACAGGUGUGGUUACGGCAGAGCUUCGUCUCCAGAUUCAUACAUGGAUCGUUUCGUCAUUGUCACAGAUGCAUCAGUCCCAUCAGCCUCCACACCAACACCAACAACAACUCAGAGUCAAAGCUCCAGUUCAGGAAGUUUCACAACAUCAGUUUCCCCUGAAACCACCGACCCGCUUACAGUUCCCUUCUCAUAA